AUGGCCAAGGAAAAUCUGAGGGGAAAAAAGGGAGAAUCCCACACCCAGUCCCGCACCCAAUCCCACACCCAGUCCCACACCCAAUCCCGCACCCAAUCCUGCACCCAAUCCCACACCCAAUCCCACACCCAAUCCUGCACCCAAUCCUACACCCAGUCCCGCACCCCCAUGGCCGAGCCCCAGAGGCCCCGGUGCUGCGGCAGAGGCACUUAG